UAUGCGCGCGCAUGCGAGCGCGACCGCGGGCCGUUGGCCGUUAAGUUCGAAAGAUGAGGAGAACGACUCUCCUUCGAGCAGUGCAAACGAGUAGACGGUGCAAAUUGUAGAAGCAUUUCGUUCUUUAUUAAAUCUUUAUUAUACUAAUAAUAGAGUCAGUUCAGUUUCACCUAAAACCGCUCCAAUCCUAGCGAGAACCAUUUUCAGUGCAUUCGGACUUCUGUGGUAUCCAAGCCUCUCUUUUCGUUAAAAUCAGUCUUUUAUCAUCGGCUACUUGACAUAUAUGAAAGGAAGUGAACAUUCGAGUAGAUUCCAGACGAGGAUCCAAAGGAAAGAGAAAUACGUUAUACGCUCGAGUCAAUUCAAAUAUCCGCGAAGACAUUUACAAUAUUUAUCCGAGAAAGAGUACAUUUGAAUGAAUCUAAAGAGAAAAGAUUGUGAAAAUUUCGUAUUAUUAUUUAGAAACGCGUGUAUAUUUCUUACCGUUAUCGUACAUACACGCCUAAGUACACUAACGAGUUUGGAAGUGUCAAGUGAGAAAUGUUGACAGCUGAAUGUCCCGGUCUCGUCGCCGCGCGUGUGUGGUUUCUUUACCAAACAUCAUUUAAAAUAAAUAUAAUUAUAACACGCGGACGCAAUAUAUUAUAAAUAACGAUUAAGGCGGAAAAUUCCCUCGUGCCGAAGUUUAGCGAUAACGAAAUCCUGUUGAGACGGUAUGCGGACCUCGGUGACGCUCUAUUGACAGGUUAUGCUCGCGGAAGAAUAAAUGUGAAUCGAUCGCAAGUGUAGCAUCGCGAGGGGAAAAAAAAGAGGAAAACAUGCCGAGGAAGUGGUUGUCGAAUUUCGCGUUGGCCGGUACUAUCAGAUUGCUGCUGAUGAACUCUGAAUAUCAAAUAAUUGGCAAUCGCGUCGAAGUGUCAACCGCUCUGAACUCCUGGAAAAGAGUGACUGAGGGAGUUUACUUGCACGAAUUCGGUAUAGAUCCUUAUGAAGGAGACCUGUUUCACGAAACCCCAAUAGGCUUAUACAUUUUCAAGCUUAUGCAGAAAUACUUACCUCAGUGGACGUUAUUUCUGCUGUUUGUUGUCACUGAUUUGACAACUGCUCUGUGCCUCGCUCUGACUGCGAAGCGCUAUGCCAUUGAACUGGCAACAAAAAGGAAAGAGGGAAAGGAAGAUGAUAGGAAGUCUAGUCAAGAUAUUCCUAGCACGUCUGCUCUGUAUGUUUCUGCAGGGUAUCUGUUCAAUCCUUACAUAAUACUAAACUGUGUCGGCCUAACAACGACAGUUUUUACAAAUCUACUCUAUUCGAUUGCACUGUUGUCCAUGACAAGACGUUCCAUGUUCUGGAGUUGCAUGUCAAUAGCGUUGCUGACAUUGCAAGGGCUCUAUCCUGUGUCGCUCAUGGUACCUGCAACCAUCUACGUCGCCAGCACAGUGAAGAAUAGAAGAAUCAGUAUUGUUACAAUGUUAAUCGUAUUUACGAGUAUCUUAACUGCCCUAUUCGCCAUUUCCUACAGCAUUAUGGGAAGUUGGUCCUUUUUACGGAAUACAAUUGGUUUCGUACUGACCGUUCCCGAUUUACGUCCGAAUAUCGGAUUGUACUGGUACUUCUUUACAGAGAUGUUUGAGCAUUUUAGAUGGCUCUUCAUCGCAUCUUUCCAAAUAAAUGUCAGUUUACUGUACAUAGUCCCGCUAGCACUGCGAUUACGACGUGAUCCAAUGUUAAUGGCGUUCUCCUAUUUAGCAAUAGCUGCCAUAUUUAAAUCAUAUCCAUGCAUUGGAGACGUCGGUUUUUAUAUAUCUCUGUUACCUUUGUGGAAACACUUGUUUCAACAUAUGCAACAGGGAUUUAUCGUAGGUUGUUUUAUACUAUUUUGUACGGUAUUCGCACCGACCGUGUGGCAUCAGUGGAUAUAUUCCAGAUCGGCUAAUGCAAAUUUCUAUUUCGGAGUAACAUUGGCGUUUGCCAUAGCGCAGAUUUUUCUUCUUACGGAUAUUCUGUUCGCCAGCGUGAAACACGAGUUCGCAAUUCAACAUGGUAUUAAUAAGAAGGUUAAUGGAAAUGAGGCUAAAUUACUGCUCGAAUAAGAAUGCUUUCCUAGAUUGCGAAAUGUAAUAUCUUGUCGAUGAACAAUGAUACCAAGUGAUACAAUACUUCUGGAGUAUUUAUUUCAAGGACAUAAAUAGUUUUUUACAAAAAAAUAUCUUCUGUCGAUAUUUUUUCUACAAUUUCCGCUCAUUCCUUGUAUAAUAUUUCACAAGGAGAUUAAAAACUAUUACAUAUUUUGGAUGUCAUAAAUAAUAACCACAUAAUUUUCAUAAUUGAUAAAACUUUCAAAACUAUAUAUCGCAUCAAAGUAUCGCAUAUAUAUAUUUUCAAAUUUUCGUAAGUUGCAUUUUUGUUAAUUUUUAUAUCUGUCUUUUGUUAAUCUUUAACAUGUAUUCUUUCAAUCUUGAAUGUUUCUGGUAAUAUAUAAGUAUUGGAGCUACCUCUUCUCUUCUCUUUGCUUCUCAUUGUCAACUGGAGAGCAAAACAUCUCAAAAAUGCUUGGAAUAUAUUGGAAAUUAUAUUUUUAAACUUGCUACUUUGGAUCAGAGAUUUCAGUAUGAAUUUUUACAUUUAGAACCUUUAGAAUGUCAUUUAAAAAAAAAGUUUAUUACUCAAAUGAAUCAAUAUGUGGUAAUUUAUUUUAAAGUAUUUAUUAUCAUAAAUAUCUUGUUUUUAAAAAAAUAUACAUGUCACGAUGUUUAAAACUUAUUAUUAGAUAAUCAGUUACAAGCCUGUUAUCAUAAAUAAAAAUGUAAAUAUGUUAGAAUCUACAUAAUUGUAAAAUAUAGCAAAAGAACUAUUUUAAAAAGAUUCUGCAACUGUAAAAUCACAGCAGAAAAAAGCGAUUUAAAAAUAUCUUAUAAAAUUUUCUGUUUGCAUCAUUAUAACGAUAUAGUUUUUAAUUGUAAUAUUUAAUUAUA